GAGGGGUGGGAGAGAGAGAAAAUGUGACUUGAUUUCUCCAACACACGCACAAAAGGCAACGGAGCUUUCCACACGAAAACGGGAAGAUGCUGGUGAGCAGCCGUGAUCUCCAAGCCUUGUGAAGGAUCUGGUAGCAACAUCACUGAAGGUCCGCUGAAGCAUGAAUCUGGUUGCUGGGCUGUUGUAGACCAUGCUUGACCAUGUUGGACCCCACGCAACCCCUUGACGGUGCUUUGAGGAAAAAGCAAGUGGCGCAGCGUUCGGGAGGCGAGGAGGGGGCUUCCCCUAGCGCCAGCCACGUCCACGCGGACCAUCCGUUGAAUGGGGAAUGCGCUCGGCCCACCAACGAGACCCGCCGAGCAUCGCUGCCCCAGUCGGAGCGACACUCGUUCCCGACCAAAACCCAGGGCCCCAUCCUAGUCCGACCUGGUGAUCUCCAGACGUCCAGGAAGAAGCGAAAUAAUCCCGCUAGGAAGUCUUCCACCGCCUCCAUCGCCUUGGUGUUCCCCAAGACCAAGAAGGCAACGAUGAGGAAGGUGAAGCAGGUGGACCAGGCGGAGGAGAUCAGCGUCCGGGCAAAAUCGGAGGACUUUCAGGACGGAGCGGGCUCCGAGGAGCAGCCGCUGACCGACGAAUAUUCCAAGUCCAGCUACGAGGACUUCGAGGCGGAUGCAGCGGCGUUCCCCUCCGUUGCCGCCGCCGACCCCGGCGCCCACCAGAAGAAGAAACGCAAGCGGUGCGGGAUGUGCCACCCGUGCAAGAGGAAAGACAACUGCAGGGAAUGCAGCAACUGCAGGAACCGCAAGACCGGGCAUCAGAUCUGCAAGCAGAGGAAGUGCGAGGAGCUGAAGAAGAAACCGGGAAUCUUCAUCGAGGUGGAGAGCAGCGACAAUACGAAAGCUCAGAGACAAAAGCAAGCCGCGGCUGGGAAGACAGGUUCAGAAGGGAGCUCGGUGGAUGGCCCCAGAACAGGCCAAAUGGAAGAGGGGCCAACCGACCAUGUUGGAGAAAGUAGGUUGAGGUUAGACAUGGCUCCGAGCCUGGUGAAUGGAGUAUGCAGCCAAGAAGGGCAGCCCAUUGCAGUCGACUCUGGUGAGUGGAUGGAAGAUCCGAGAUUCCCUCAACACACCAACGGCAACAUCGGCUGGGACGAGACUCAAGUGGUGAACCAAGUUCGGAACCAUGUCAAGGAAGACCUCGGAGCCUCUGGGGACAACGGCCUCCUGGGGGACGACAGGAAACUAUCCUCCUUCCCCGAGACAGCAGUGAGCUUACCUUUGUACAAUUCACCAGCACACAACCCUCAGCCUUUGCAAAAGAUGAACCUUACCGAGAAAUGCAACGCAGAGAUUAACAACAGCCUUGAACGAGUGCAGUUGAUCCUCCCGAUGAGCGAUGAAUGCACUCCCGAUGAUGACUUGAGCACUUUGACUUCUACAUGGGGUCUUCCAAAUAAACAUGGGAAAAAAACGGUGCCCUACACUUGCGAUGGCCCGGACUAUCUCGAGUGGUUUGAGAGGAAAAUCAAAGCUGUGAUAGAUGUGGGUGAGAACAGGACUUCUGAACUGUCUGACAAAACCAAUGAGGUGCCUGUGGAAAAUGGUGCUCUACAAAAUCACAUGUUGGGUUUGGAGGAGACCCUCCUCUUUGACUCCUCCGAUGUCCCCCAGUAUUCUCAGAAUGCAUUAAACAUCGCGAAGGAGAAGAACAUCAGCCUGCAGACGGCCAUCGCCAUCGAAGCACUUACGCAGCUGUCGUCAACCCUGCCGCAGCCGUUCCUGGAGUCCUCGCCACAGAUAAACAUCUCCUCGCAGACCGGCGAUACGUCCUCCAGCUCCGUCGACGAUAACCUCGCAGCGACCGAUGAACUGCAGGACGAUCGUCGCCCCGAGCAACGGCCCCCAUCCCAGAAUCCCGUGCUCCAGCAACCACUUCCGGGCCACCAGGCCUUCCCUGAAUUCCAAGCCCACGAGCAAACUCCAUGGGACCACCUCAAGAAACCGGCCCCCAGCGAAGCUCACUAUGUCCCCCCGGCCUUGAAAACGUUGCAGGAUCCCUUCAGCGGCUUCUCCAACUCGGUGGCCACUGUAAAGCACGAUGACGCGGGGGCAAGCCGCGGGAACGAGGGACCCGGCGGUGAGGGGGGAGGGCAGGCGUGCAACAUCGACCAGCCCAACGCCCCGCUGAACGACCCCAUGAGCGAGUUGAAGCAGCUGUUGGACGGCAACAACGGGAACAAAUACCCCGCGGCCCGGCUCAGAGCGCCCGGCGCGGCCGAGCACCACGACCUCACCGCCGCCAAAACCCAGCAAGACCUGCCCCUGCCGUUCCCCAACUUGCCCGCGGGCGCUGGCUUCUACGGGAUGUUCCCCGAGCAUCAGCAGCAGCAGUCCCUCCAAUCUAUGCAGCAGCUGCAAAUGCACCAGAGGAGCAAGCACCAGAAGACGCAGGCAGCCUUGCAGCAACACCUCCACCACAAGCGCAACCUCUUCCAGGAGCAGAACCCGAAGCAGAACCACUUGCACCACGAGGAGGAUCAGCAGCAGCAGCAGCAGCAGCAGCGGUGGUCCCACCACCAGCCGCACCUGAAGAGGCCCAAGCAAAAGAAGCCGGUACAGGAGAAGAGGAAGUUGCAGCCUCCGCAGAAGCAGCGCAAGGACGCGGCGCAGCUUCACAAGGCGCAGAACAUCCAGCAGCAACUUUUCAUGCACCAGCUCCAACAAAUGCAACAGGGCAAACCGCAGCAGCAACAGCAGGACGCGCAGUGCCAACCCUUACCUCAGGCGAAGCAGGUUCCUGAAGGGUACCAGCAGGUGGGAACAACACACAACAGCUAUGUGGCCGGCGAGAAUCCACAACCCCAACUCUUCAAGGACUGCCCGAUGCAGUCUGGGCUUCACCCGACUUCUGACGGUCCCCUCCAGAAACAACCGGAGAGUUCCAAGCCCGGCGUUCCUUGCGGGUCGCCCAACUUCGACGGGUCUGUUCCCCCAAAGAUGUGCGCCCUCCAGCCAGAUCCCUUCUCCUGUAGUCACAGGCACCCUCAGUCGCCCUCGCUGAAGAGCAGCCCCGUUCGGCAGCCGGAGACCCGUGCUGCCUCUGAGCCCCCCGCACCGCCCCUACUCCAGCAAGGCGAGAUGCCCAUGCACAGCCCCCGCUCCUUCGAGGAGAAGAUUGAGGAGCUCUUGAAGCAGUUUGAGGCGGAAUUUGAAUGCAACUCAGCAGCGCAACAUCAGCAGCAGCAUCAGCAGCAGCAGCCCCAGUUCCCUGGCCACAACCACCCAACGUCUCAGGUAGAAACGAACGGAAACCAAACGCCCUCGGCCGGCCUGCACCACUACCUUCUCGACCGCCCAACACCCUCGGCUCCGAGCAGCCACAAGCGGAUUCCUCAUGAGCAGACUGGGUGCAAGCCGCCGCCGCUACAGGCUGACGACACACUGCGGGAAAAUACAAAGUGUUUUAACAAUUCUUUCCUGAGCGGGUCUUCGAAGCAAGUGAAAGUCGAAUCCUCUGGUGCUAUUACAGUUCUGUCCACUGUUUAUUCCGGGGAGAAUAUGGAGGCGCAGUCCGAAGAAGGUACCCCCACAAAAAACACCCCUCUCAACCCAUCGCUCAGUGGCUUUCUGGAUUCUCCUUUGAAAUAUCUCAACACCCCGACUAAAAGCUUGCUGGACACCCCGUCCAAAAAGGCCCAAAUGGAAUUUCCAACGUGUGAUUGUGUUGAGCAAAUCAUUGAAAAAGAGGAAGGUCCUUAUUACACUCACCUGGGAUCUGGCCCGACAGUGGCAUCAAUAAGGGAACUGAUGGAGGAGAGAUAUGGGGAGAAGGGGAAAGCUGUGAGAAUCGAGAAAGUCAUCUACACAGGGAAAGAAGGCAAGAGCUCCCAGGGCUGUCCAAUAGCUAAAUGGAUAAUAAGAAGAACGAGCAAAGAGGAGAAAGUGCUGUGUCUGGUGCGUGAGCGGGCAGGCCACCACUGCCAGAAUGCGGUUGUUAUUAUCCUCAUCCUUGCUUGGGAAGGUAUCCCUCGAUCGCUCGGUGACAAGCUGUACGAUGAGCUCACCGAGACCUUGACGAAGUACGGGAACCCUACCUGCCGCAGAUGUGGGUUGAAUGACGACCGCACGUGUGCAUGUCAGGGGAAAGACCCGGAGACCUGCGGUGCCUCCUUCUCCUUUGGCUGUUCCUGGAGCAUGUACUUCAACGGAUGCAAGUAUGCACGCAGCAAGCUCCCCCGCAAGUUCAGGCUGCUGGGGGACAACCCCAAAGAGGAAGAUUUAUUAAAGGACAGACUGCAGGCCUUAGCCACAGAGGUCGCCCCACUUUACAAGCAGCUUGCUCCCCAAUCCUUCAGCAAUCAGAUCACCAAUGAACAGUUAGCCCCAGACUGUAGACUGGGGAAGAAAGAAGGGAAACCGUUUUCAGGAGUGACUGCGUGUAUGGACUUCUGCGCACAUGCUCACAAGGACCAGCAUAACAUGUAUAAUGGCUGCACUGUGGUUUGCACGCUGACCAAGGAGGACAACCGGCAGAUUGGCACCACGCCGGAGGACGAGCAGUUGCACGUGUUGCCGCUGUACAAGGUGUCCGCCACCGACGAACACGGCAGCGAGCUCAACCAGAGCGAGAAGAUCAAGGCCGGCGCCAUCGAGGUGCUCACCGCCUUCCCCAGGGAGGUCCGCAUGCUGCCCGAGCCCGUCAAGUCCGCCCGCCAGAAGAAGCUGGAAGCAAAGAGGGCCGCGGAGAAGCAACGGAACCAGGAGAAGAAACUCCUGGCCGGCAAGCUAAAGCAGGAAGCGGAAAACUUGAAGUGUGGCACUCCGCAGAACAAAGAUGUGACGCUGGGAAGUGCGACUCCCCAACAUCACCUCACUCCCUCGAUCAAAAUCGAACCGCAGGAUCACUACAACUCGUACAAACACAGCGGGAAUUCUGUCGUGGAGAGUUACACGGUGCUUGGGAACUGUAGACCUUCCAACGCCUACAACCUGGGGAAUGCCUAUCCUUACCAUUCCUACUAUGCAAGGCCAUCCCUGCCUUCCAUCAACAACUACCACCCACGGUAUUCCUUUUCCUACGGCUAUUAUGGCUAUCCGAGCAACCAGCUCUUCCCCCCGUCAUUCCUCAACUACGGCAGCGGCGACACCAGGCCGGCCAGUUUCUCGGGAAACGGUUUCGAGAAGAAGCCGGACGUUCAGGAGCUGUGCGCCAACUUCAACCUCGCCCUCAGGAGUAACAGGAUUGACUGCUCUGAGCAAGGCGGCGAUAUGACACCAAAGCAGAGCCACCAGCCCAUGUUUCAAGGGGGAGCCGGUUUGGUUUCUCCGAGCCCACUGUCCGCACAGUCCCACCUACCCGAGGAAGUCAAACCAGCGUCGCAAAACGCCAACAGCAUCAACCGGUUCAUCAAACAGGAGCCAGAAGACCCCGUCCCUUACUCCCAGUCCUGCCACGGAGCUUCUCGAAACGUCCACCCAGUGAACAAUACCUAUCCCCCUGUCCAAAUGUCGCCUGGUCUCGGUCACCAAGGGAAGUCCUGGGAUGUGUUCAAGCCAAACGGUAGUUUGAUGUCGACUGGGACUUCUGGGCACGACAAACCCUGGAGCCUGUACAACUCCACCGACAGCACCAAGUUAGCCAACACGAACGUUCAAGAAAGAUGGAACUCGAUAACGUCCAACAGGAGCGCAAACGGGUGUCCUGUGUCGAACAUGCAGGAGAAGCCGUGGAAUUUACACACUGAGAGUAGGGGCACGCCUCCGAUGAAGAGCGUGAACCACCAGGGGACAAUGUGGGACUCGUUCAAGUCAGGUGAAGCCACAUCCAUGGCAUCUAAUGUUAACCUGAAGGACAAACUAUGGGAGCCGGUGAAAAUACAGAACAACUUGUCAGUGAUCUCGGGUUCCAGCCUGCAAGACAAGACGUGGGAUUUGUACAAAAGGAACGGCUCCAAGUCUUUGACGUCCAACAUGAGCCUGCGGGAGAACGUGUGGAGUGAAAACGGCGCGGUGUUCCCGGGCGGGACCAUGGAGGGGAAGCAGUGGGACCUUUACAAAGUCAACGAGAGCGGUCCUGUUUUGCACGGUUCGGGCAUCCAGGAGCAGCUCUGGGACCCUUACGGCAUGAACGAAAACAUGGACGACUUGCCCCCCGAGAACGUCAAGGAGGAGGAGGAGGAGGUGUGGUCCGACAGCGAACACAACUUUCUGGACGGCAACAUCGGAGGCGUUGCCGUGGCGCCGGCCCACGGCUCCAUUUUGAUCGAGUGCGCCCGCAGGGAGCUUCACGCCACCACGCCGUUGAAGAAACCCAACCGGUCCCACCCCACGCGGAUAUCCCUCGUCUUCUACCAGCACAAGAACUUGAACGAGCCGAACCACGGCCUGGCACUGUGGGAGGCCAAGGUGAAGAUCCUCGCGGAGAGGGCGAAGCAGAGGCAGGAGGAGGCGGCCAGGUUGGGCCUACCGCUGGUGAACUCCAAACUCCUGGGGAAAAAGCGCAAAUGGGGCAGCACGUUGACCACAGACAUUGAUCUCGGCAAGAAAGACUUCUUCCCCACACGUCAAGCUUUGACCAUUACCACAAACACUGUUAUCACUGUGUCUUCAUACGCCUAUACCCAGGUAACAGGGCCCUACAAUCGCUGGAUUUGAGACUCGGACAACAUUUUGCGGCCAACUUACCUCACUACGGCAGCUCUUUCCGUUGCUGAACGGUGCUUUCCCCUGUUCAAUAUACAGUCAAGGGAGAAUCCCACUCAAGUGCAAAUCAUCUCGAAAGCUGCACUCUGAGCAAAGAAUUUUAAUCACAGUUUGAAAUUUUUUUUUUCCCGGUUUUAGUAAUCUAAUUUAUAUACCUACAUGUUUUUUGAACUUUUAGCUGCCCAUCGUUACUUGAAGGGUAAGAGAAAACUUUCUAUGUCAAACUAGAAGAAUAGUAUUUAUUGUACACCUUUUGUUGUAUCUGUUGUUCAGAAGAAAAAAAAAAUCAUUUGUUCGAGAAGCAGCUAAUUCUUCAGGGGCCAAGUUAAUUCUGACAGAUAUCAACACCUCUGCCUGUUGAAUUCCAUGUAUAGGAUAUCAUCUAAAAGAAAUCUAAAUUAGGUGAAGAAACUGGUGCUUUUUAAACAAAAAAGUUUACAACAAAGUUCAUUUUCAGUCACGACAGUAAAAUUCAACCACACAAUUCUGAGCCCGGUGAUUUUCGAUUUGUAUAGCCAUUACCGCUGGCCUGUCUGUUGGUGCUUAAAACCUUAUUCGCCUGACGUUUCUGGUCGAAAUGUCAAGCACAUGCACUUAAAUGUAAAAAAAAAAAAUCCCAUUGUGCCGUUCAGAGGUAGAUUAUAAUGGCAAUCAACAUCUUGGUGCUCCUCCUACUCCUAACCCUAAC